AUAUUUUUUUGUCUCUAUGGCAACCACGAGACGCAGGACGCCGCAGCAGAGAAUAAUGGCAGGAACGUCUCGGCAUGACCGGGAGAUGGCGAUAAACGCUAAAAAGCAGCUUGCUGAUUGCUCGGACCCGGUGGAGCGGCUGCGGCUGCAGUGUCUGUCCCGUGGAUCAGCAGGAAUUAAAGGCCUCGGCAGAGCUUUUCGGAUUAUGGAUGACGACAACAGCCGAACACUGGACCUGAAGGAGUUCAUAAAAGGUCUGAAUGACUACGGGGUUCUCAUGGAAAAAAACGAGGCCUUGACACUUUUUCAGCAAUUUGACAAGGAUGGAAGUGGACAGAUCGACUUUGAUGAGUUUCUCCUCACUCUCAGGCCGCCCAUGUCCAACGCGAGAAAGGAGGUGAUCAUGCAGGCUUUCAGAAAGCUGGACAGGACCGGUGACGGUGUGAUCACCAUUGAAGAUCUGAGAGGAGUGUAUAACGUGAAACAUCACCCCAAAUAUCAGAACGGGGAAUGGACCGAGGAGCAGAUCUUCCGCAAAUUCUUGGACAGCUUUGAUUCUCCGGAUGAUAAGGAUGGAGUGGUCACUAAAGAAGAGUUUUUAAAUUACUACGCUGGUGUGAGUGCCUCCAUUGACACUGACAUCUACUUUAUUAUCAUGAUGAAAAAUGCCUGGAAACUCUAAACUAAUGUCUUCAGAUGUCUGUCCCAGGAUAACGAAAGAGGAGUUUCUCAACUACUACAGCGGCGUGAGCGCGUCCAUCGACAGCGACGUCUACUUUAUUCUGAUGAUGAAGACGGCAUGGAGGCUAUAAGAGUUUUCUAAUCAUAUUUAUAUAAUUUAUAACGUCUUAACAUUUCACUGUGCAUCUGACAUUUGUAUGAGGCCCUGAUUGAAUAGAAUAGUCAUUUUGUGAUAUUUGUGAAUCAUGAAGAUUUUGACCUUUGAUAUCUCUUUCGAGGAUUCACGGUUUUGGUUCUAGAAUUUAGUACACCUCUGUGAAGCUGGUAGAACAUUGUUCACAGAAAAAGCAGUGGGGCAGAGAUAGAGAGGCUACGUUAACAGCAUUAUUAUUAUUAUUAUUAUUAUUAUUAUUAUUAUUAUUAUUAACAUCAGAAAUGUGUCCACUGAGUGGCAUGUACAGUGUACACUGGGAAAAGUGUGAAACCAUUUGCUCAUGAGUGUACGCAAAUCCUGUCACCUUUUUUACGCUACACUACAUUGUGAUUGAAGUAAAAUGCCAAGCUCUUCCUCUCAGCCGGGCCAAAUUAGAGACCAUAUUAUAAUUUCCUUCCAAACAUAACACCUCCUGGGACACUUGUGGAUGAGCAGUAUAUUUUCCAUUUAAAGUGAGAUUCCCUAUAUGUUAUGAUGAUAUGUUUAACAAAAUAACUGUGCAUGUGUAACAAUUUGUAACUAGAAAAAUCCAGUGCUGAUGUCCAUAGAGGUGUGUUUGUUGCAUUUGCGAUAAUACGACACUUAUAUUAAUUAGUUACUUUUAAAAGUAUUUUUAAAAGUCUACCCGAUGUCCAAAAAUUCAGAAACCAAUAAGAAUAUGUCAAGCAAAAUCUGUGAAAACAUGAUACAGCUGCUGGGAAAAUGUGAGGAUGAACCUGUAGAGCAGAUGCUGUGAAUAAUAAAUACAAAAUUAGUAAAAGUAAAAGUAAAAGUAGUACUUUUGGUUCAUGACUUUUUGGACAUCCUUUAUAAUCAUAAAAAAAAAAAAAACCACACACCACAGCUCACAAUCCACACUACUGUCACAUGGUGGUUCAGGUUUCAGUUACAUCAUUUCUGGGACAGAACUUAGCUCCCCCCCACCACAGUAAAGCUGUCCAGUUCACCCUCUUUGUCUUAAAAAGGCAAUUCAUAAGGCAUAUGUAGUUUCAGUAGAGAAAACCUGAUUAAUUAUGGGAGAGGAGAUAAAUUCAGUUCACUUAAUAAACAGAGAAAUUAUGACCUUACCCUUUAAAUCAUCUUCAUAAAUAGAAACAAGUCUUAGGUUUUUGAAUGUAUUUUAAUAUCUUCUGCAAAAUCUUUAAUAAAUGAUUAUUGCAGUGUAAU